AGCUCCUCAGUCACCUCUCAGACGCCGAAGGGAGAGGGUGUGCUGCGCUCUCUCUCCGACUAUACAACUUCCCUACUCUUGUGCUUUUGCGAGUUUUUUGUGAGACCGAAGAGACCCAAAGACCUUAAGAUUUGAUAGUCUCCUCCUCCUCCUCCUUCUCCUCCUCCUCUUCGUCUAGCUCACCUGUGUUACCCGGUUAAUUAGCAAGCAGAUCACCAUGGCAGGCCCCGGGCGGUCUUUGCGGGUGCUUGAGCGAGAUGGGUUCUUCGAUGACGCCUUCUUCCGCGAGGCUUGGGACGACUUCGACCGCGCCAUGCAGAGCGUUUUGGAUCGCUUCGACAGUACCGGCCUGAAGCCCUUCCGGUCCUUCCCCUCCCGGUCCUUCCCCUCCCUGUCCCGCCGGCACACCGCCACACACGCCCCCCCACCACCACCACCUUCACCACCGCCACAGCAGGUGAUGAGCAGGUCCCUCCCCCGACAGGUGGACGAUGGCUCCCGCAACCACUGCCGCGAUGUCUACAGCAAGAUCCGAAGUAGUAAGAUCGACGAGGACCUUUACGCGUCCCAGGCCCUGCAGAUCACGGAGAAGGACGGCAAGUUCCAGGUGGUGAUGGACGUGAAGGAUUUUAACCCCCGUGAACUGCAGGUGCGCGCCGUGGACGACAGGAUAGUGGUCGAGGGAUCCUACCAGAAGGUCUCCGAGGAUGGGGUGUCGUCUUCGUGCAAGUCGUUCUACAAGGAGUUCACGCUGCCGCCCGCCGCCGACCUCGACCAAGUGUCCACGGCGCUAUCCAGGGAUGGCGUGCUUACUAUCCGGGCCCCCAGGAAGGACGGCGCAACACUCACAGACGCUCCACGGGCCGCCCCUGUAGCCAACACCUCCACCUCCUCCACCUCCUCCUCCACACAGCAACAGUUCAGCGACAACUCCUCCACCUCCUCCUUCAAGAGCACCUCCUCCCGUCGGGUGAUCCAAUCCUCCUCGAGCUUUGAAUCCUCCUCUGAUGGCUUCGAUUCCCUGCCCAAGGAGAUGCGUGAGAAGCUGAUGUUUUGUGACUCUGGUUUUGGAUCCACGAAGACCUCGACUUGCUCCUCCCCGGCCCCGAGCGAAGCUGGAUCCGAGUCUUCCAGAGUUUCGUCUACAAUGGAGUUUGACUUAAGCAAACGCGCUCCUGUCAAAACCGAAGUUGCGUUCAAUGUUUCUAAGGCUAGCCAAGGACCUCCACCCCACCAGGCAACCCCCCAGCAGGCCCACCCCCCGAACUACCCCCAGUCACCUCCCCCACAACCUCAACCCCCCCAGCAGCCGUACCAGCAGUUCCCCGGCCAGCAGCACCCACAACAGUAUAACCAGUUCCAGCAGUAUCAACAGCCCGCAGGUGCCCCCCAGUACCCGCAGUCCCCACCCCCACAAGCCCAGUGCCAGUCCCCAUCCCAGUACCAGUCCCCACCACCCCAGUACCCACAGUCCCCACCACCACAAGCGCAGUAUCAGUCCCCACAGCCACAGUUUCAACCCCCACAGCAGCAAUUUCAACAGUCCCAGCCCCCGCAGCAGUACACCCCCCAGUAUCCCCCACAGCAGUUUGCCCCCCAGGCCCCCCAGUCGAUCCCAGCCACAGGGACCGGGAACCAGACCAGUGUGAGCGUGACGGAAGAAAACGGAAGGCGGGUGGUCACGUCUCAAACCUCAAACGUAGUCCAGGAGAAAGACGGAUUCAAGGAACAUCGCGAGACGGCAGCGGAGAUCACGGACAAGGACAGUCAAGCCGCCAGGAAGGAAGCGACCACCAAGCUCUCCAAGGUCGAAGAAGAUCCGGAAGGGAAGUUCAAGAGAGCGGAGUCAACGGAUGCGAAUGAGGUGAGUGAGACAUGCAUCCAGCACCUCCCAGACGGCUCGGUCAUGUCAGUGAAGAAGAACUCGACCUCUUCCUCCUCCUCCUUCAAGCAGUCCUUCUCCACCGGGAUCAGUGGCGGGGAUAUCAUGGGGGGCUUUUACCCUCCCCCACCGAAUUUCCUACAGGGGUUCGAUGACUUCCGGAGCCUGAUGGGGCGUGGACACUCCCUCAUGACACAGAUGUCCACAGAUUCAAUGGGCUCAACGCUGUCCGGUAGAUCAGGAUUCACCGACAUGUCAAACUUCUCAAACUUCACGGACGGAUCUUCGCCAUUCUCCGACACGUCCUUUGGGAAUAUGUCCAACUUCACGUCCAGGUCCAAGAACUUCCAGCAGCAACAGCAACCACCCCAACAACAGCAAUACCAACAGCCUCCACAGCAACAGUCCCAGCAGCCACAGCAGGAGUUUGGGUCGCCCCGCCGGAAGGGUUUCUCCACCUCUUCCUCCACCUCCUCCACCUCCAACUUCACUCAGUCCUUCUCCAACUUCGGCGACGGGAAUUUUUAAUGUGUGUAUCUUAGGUUAUUUAUUAUAUAUUUUUGGGGUGUGAUUCUUUGCUGGUAACAUUUUUUUUCCCUCAUUUUCAUAUUUUCUGCCAUUUUAUUUUUUCGUUUCAUUUUUUUUCCUCUUCUUUUUUUCAUGUUUUCUUUGCCAUUCUUUCCGUUUUCUCGUAUAUUUUCCCUCUUCUUUUUUUCUUAUUCUCUGCUACUUUUCGUUUCCUUUCUAUUCGUUUUCUUUCCCUUUAUUACUUUGUUAUUUUCUUUCUUACUCCUUUUCUCUCUCUUUCUCUCUCUCUCUCUCUCUCUAGUUUUAAGUUAUGAGCUAAGCAAAGCCGAAACGCAAACAAACAAACAAGUAAACAAGCAAGCAAGCAAGUGUUAUUAUCGUUACUAUUAUCAUUAUUAUUAUUAUUAUUAUUAUUAUUAUUAUUAUUAUUAUUAUUAUUAUUUGUUGUUGUUGCUUCGAUUUAACUAUUUGUCGAGUCACAAACGAAUUUUUGACCCCCCCUCCUCCUCCUCCUCCUCCUCCUCCUCCUCCUCCUCCUCCUCUUCUUCUUCCUAUCACGAUUUUAUUUUAUUGAAUUCUUGUUAUGAUAUGCCUGUGGAAGUUUACACACACACACACACACACACACACACACACAGUCAAGCGUGUGUGUGUGUGUGUGUGUGUUUGUGUUUGUCUGGCUUCGUCGCUUUUCGGGUCAAAAUAAGCCUAAACAGACCCUCCCCUCUCCUCCUUUCCUCCCCUCCCUCCCUUCCUCCUCCCUUUCCUUCCCUUCCUCCUCCCUUUCCCUCCCUCCCUUCCUUAUCUCUCUUUCCUCCCCCAAGCUUCCCUCCCUUCCUCCUUUCUCUCCCGUUCCUCCUUUUCCUUCUCUGCUUUUCUCCACUUAAUUCUCCUUCUCUCCCUCCUCCUAUUCCUUCUUUCCUUAUUCUUUAUCUCAUUCCCUUUCCUUUUUCUCUCCCUUUCCUCCCUCCCUCACCCUCUCUCUCUCCUCCUCCUCGUGUGAUAAUAAUAAUAAUGUGUUUAAAUUAAGUGAAUAUAUUCCUAUUUUUUUCUUUUUCUGUUUUUUAAUCUUUUUUUUCCUUCUUCCUCUUCCUUUUUCCCUCCCCUUCCUCUCCCUCCUCCUUCCUCCUCCUUCUUUCCCUUUAGUUGUUAUUUCCUUUUCCUCUCCCUCUCUUCCAUCUACAAUCCUCUUCCUGCUUCCUCCUCCUCUUCUUCCCCUCUUCUCCCCUUCUUCCUCCUCUUCCUCUCUCUUUCCCUUCAGUUCUUAUCUUCUCUUACUCUCCCCCUUCUUCAUCUCUCCCCAUCCUCUCUUCCUCCUCCUUUUCCCCUCCUCAUCUCCUUCGUCAUUCCCUUCUUCCCCUUUUCCCCUCUCCUCUUUCUCCCUCUUCCAAGCAUUCUCCUCUCCCCAUUUCCCCCCUUCCUCCCCUCUCCCCUUCCUCCCUCCUCCUCCUCCCCACGUGUUAGGCCUAAAUAAGAAAAUCAGUUGUCUUUGUCAUUUUCUCAUUUUAUACAGCGUGACUUUGGAAUAAAAACAUCCACUUGGA